AUCACAUUCAACUUUUGGAAGACAAAUAUGCACCCAUAACCUCAGUAGAUUGAACUGUGGAACCAGAGUCGUUCAUUGGAACGGUUUAGGAGAUAUUCGGAAAUUUGUACAUAAAUGUCGCUGCAUUGCAUAUUCCAUGGACUAAACUAGGGGAAAGGUUAUUUGUAAGGAUCGUUUUAAGCACUUAGACAAGGAUCGGAUCCUUUCAGCGAAGUAGUACGCAACGCGCUCUUUUAGAGUUCGUUGUAUUUCGCAGGCGCUAUCUGAAUCAGCACUUCAUUACCAAAUACAACUUAUCAGCAGCAUACCAAAGCCUGUUUAUCUACAUGGUUGUUUCCUACCGGUGAUUUGGUUCUGGUGAAAGUUGAGGACUUGUAAUUUUAUUAGGCUCUACAUACGGAAUAAAUCUUGAAGAAUCUCAUAAGUUAAUUCGAUAGUACAGAUGGUGUAUCUGCCUUACGUUGGCGGAAUAUUAAAUCUCAUGGGUUAUAAUAGAAGUAGUCAAUCUACUCCUGUGAUUGAAGUUAAGCCACCGUUUAGUUGGGGGUCAGUGUCGGUACGACUGGCUGGAUUAUCCGGUGCUUUGGCCAUUAUUGCAAGCGCGUAUGGUGCACAUGGUUUCAGAGAUGAAGAAGAAAUGCAAAGACAAGUUUUCAAGACUGGAGCUUAUUAUCACUUGGUGCAUUCCGUGGUUUUGUUAAACGCACCUUUAUUCAAACGUCCUCUUUUGUCCCCUGCUCUCUUCGCCACUGGAACUCUACUAUUCUCUGGCUCCUGCUACUAUGUGGCUUUAAGCAGAGAUGAUCGGUUUUCUAGAAUUGCACCAAUUGGUGGCAUAACCCUUGUGUUCGCCUGGCUUUCUUUGCUUUUCUAAUAAUUGCGCCCAAUAUUCGAAGAGUUAUUUAUUUACCGGUUUUUUUCUCCAGACUACCCGAUGUACUACAAAUAUGUCAUUGUAUUUCUAUUCUUAACAUAUCAAUACAUAAGUAGUUUAU